CUACCACCUCUCCCCUCGACUAUCACCACAGCUCCAAGCCACCACAAUGUCGGAAUACGAGGCAUACUACCCAGAAACCUCUAGCGGACUCCAGUCGCCGGCCCUGGCGGUCAACAGGUCCGACGCCCUCGUGGCCGAGGAAUUCCACAACCUGUGCCUCCGCCACGGCGUCGACCGCCCGUCUGGUCUGUCCAUGUUCCGACACAACGUCGAGCCCGGGGCCGAGGGGGAGCACGCCCGACCGUACCGCUACUCCCUCGACGGUGGCGCCGUCGCCGUCGUCGUCGCCGUCUUCACCUGCGGGUUCAAGUUCAAGCGCGAGGCCCCGGACCCGGCGGAGGCCGAGUCCGCGGCGCUGCCGGCCUUCGUCACCGAGUUCUGCGAGCUGGUUCGCCGCCACGGCGACCGGGGGGCUUGUGAAGUCCGCAGCCGCAUCAAAGGCGACGACAAAUCCGGACGCGUCCAGGUCAUCGAGGGCCGGGCCGAAAUCCUACUCCGAGGAGUGCCGAGGGAGCGGUCUUCCUUCGAGGCUGGCAUGCGGGCGGGAUACCACCGGGACCGCUACAUGGAGGCUUUGAGAGAGGAGGAGGCCCGCCGCCUACCCGCCCUUUGCGCCCACCAUCAGCCAUUCGCGCCGGCCUGCGCUUGUCACCAAACGGCCCCGAACCCAUCAGCUGCCAUCGUGCUGCCGUUUCGGGCUUGCAGGCAUUUUGAGAUGUAAAGCGGGGCCGAUCUAUCUGAGGAGGCGGCCGAGGCCGGAGAGGAGCCCGAGUUGAGCCCGUCGAUGUCUCGUGGCUGUGGCUCUUUCAGUUCCGAUGAGUGGAUGGCCAAGGAGCGAGUAAAUCCAACUGCUGGAGAGCUGGGGUAUGUCUUGCAAAGCCUUAGCCCGCGAUCACAUGAAUGGUCAGCUAAGGUUCCCCUACACUAGCAGCAAUUUCACUUCGCGCCGAGCGGUCUCUAGGUCCUUCAAAAUGCAAACCUUCAUCUUGACGUUGUCGGCAGGUCACAGUUG